UUUUUUCAAUUUAUUUUCAUCGAUUAAUUUUAUCAAUGGUAAUUAAUUAAUUUAAUUUAUCUCUUAUCUUAGUGACUGUUUAUUUAUUUAAUUAUUAAGUUAAAUCAACAUUUAGUCAAAUUAUUAUUUUAUUGUGUUAUUGGUCCAAAUUGAAAAGACAACAUGGAUAACGGAGUCAACAACAUUAACCAAGAUGAUGAUGCUUCUUCUCCUGAUUUGUCAGCUGUUCAACAAACUGGUACAUUGAUAUGUGGUCCUGGUGCCCUUCGAGCUUCAGCAAUUCAAGCUGGAUUGGUUAAACUUACACCGGAACAAUAUGAGUCCAUCACCAAAGCCAAAAAAUAUGCCAUGGAGCAAAGCAUUAAGAGUGUUCUUGUCAAACAAACCAUAGCCCACCAACAACAACAGCAAAAAUCACUACAGCGGCAUCAAGCUUUGGUGCUUAUGUGCCGUGUUUAUGUUGGAAGUAUUAGUUUUGAGCUUAAAGAGGAUACUGUUCGACAAGCAUUUUUACCUUUCGGCCCCAUUAAGUCAAUUAACAUGUCUUGGGACCCUUUAACUCAGAAGCAUAAAGGGUUUGCAUUUGUUGAAUAUGAAUUACCGGAAGCUGCUCAGUUAGCUUUAGAUCAAAUGAAUGGUGUCAUGAUUGGUGGUCGAAACAUCAAAGUAGGAAGACCUAGUAAUAUGCCACAAGCAGCGCCGAUAAUUGAACAGAUCACCAAUGAAGCCAAAAAGUUUAAUCGUGUUUAUGUUGCUUCUAUUCAUCAGGAUUUAACUGAACAAGAUAUUCAAUCAGUUUUUGAAGCUUUUGGUAAAAUCAAAAUUUGUAAAUUAGCUCAAUCUCAGUAUCCCGGAAAACACAAGGGCUAUGGUUUCAUUGAAUACGAAACGGAUCAAGCAACAAGUGAUGCGAUCACAUCAAUGAAUUUAUUUGAUUUAGGAGGUCAAUAUCUUCGUGUUGGACGAGCAAUCACUCCACCGAACUGUUUAGAUGGACCCACUGCUCCUAGUACGAUGCCAACUGCUGCAGCAGUCGCAGCCGCGGCAGCAACUGCCAAAAUCCAAGCCAUGGAGGCAACAGGUAUAUCGCCGGUAACCAAUUCAUCUUCUGGAACCUCUCCUUUAAUCGAAGGAGUAACAGCCAUUCCUGCUACCGGUUUAUCACUUCCUACAUCUUUAAAUAUUGGUGGCUCAACGAGUUUGAUGGCUUUAGCAGCGACACAAGUACAACCCGUAUUAGCCGCAAAUGCACCAGGAAUCAUCACCGGUGUGACAGUAAAUCCAGCCCCAACUCUCAUCUCAACUCUCUCAAUCCCAAUAGUGACUCAACAAACUACUACUACAGUUUCACCAAAUAGCACAAUAACAACACCAUUAUCAACAAUUACACUUAAUAAUAGUACCAAUAACAAUAACUCCUCAGCAUCAAACACCAAUGAUUUAGUAAAUAAGGUGGUUGUAAGUGGACUUGCAGCCGCUCAAGAAAAAGCUUCAGCACUCGCUGCUUCCAAAGAAAUCGAAGCUAAAGAAAGUAACCCCGGAGAAGAGCCACAAACCUUACAGCAGCAAGAGAACGUUGUAAUCAAAGGAUCUAAUGCUCGACAAAUGUUGAUGCAAAAAUUGAUGCGAAAAACAGAGUCUCGAGUUGUCGUUUUACGAAACAUGGUCGGAGUAGAAGAUAUUGACGAUGCAUUAGAAUCUGAAGUGACCGAUGAAUGUGGUAAAUUUGGCUCAGUUAAUCGUGUUAUCAUUUAUGAAGAAAAACAGUCAGAGGAUGAUGAUGCCGAAGUGAUUGUCAAAAUAUUCGUUGAAUUCAGUAACAGUCAAGAAGCCAUAAAAGCUCGUGAUUCAUUAAAUGGAAGAUUUUUCGGAGGCCGAAUUGUGAAAGCCGAAAUUUACGAUCAAACUCUAUACGAUGAAAAAGAUCUCUCUGGUUAAUGCAUGUGAUUUAAUUUAUAAUAUUUAAUUCAUCUCCACGAUUACCCGAAAAAAAGAAGAUUUAUCUUUCUCUCUCUCCCGCUUUUCUCAUAAACAACUACAAAAUACAAACACAACCACACACACACACACACAUACACUCACUCACACAAAAAGCCAAAAGCCAAAUCGAAACGGUUUAAAUAACUAAAUCAACCUCAUCAUCAACAACAAUCGUCGUGUUUGUCUCAAUCUCUACCUAUUAAAUAUUUUACUUAUUGAAAAAAAAAUGCUGAAAAGACGGAAGAAAUUAUUCAACAAAAAAAAAAGAUUCGAUGAUAAUUAUGAUGACAGAAAGUGAAACCGGAAAGCAACACAACAGCUUAAGGCUUAAAUUGUAAUCCUACUGAUCUAAAUCAUCUUUCCUUCCUUUCUCUUUUCCCUGUUACAGUUCUGAUUAAAAUAAUUUCCAUCAUGUUGAGGUUGAGGUUGAGGUUGAUUGUGAUGAUAAUUGUGUCGACAGAACCGGAAUUGAACCAUCCAAUUGAUUUCACUUGAUUAUAAUCAUCUUAAAUUCUAAUCAUUGUUUAUAUCUUUCACUCACUAAUCCCAUCCGAUUGUGAGUAUCAUUGGUCAAUUCAAGUGAUUUAAUCUAAUCAAAUUGUCUCUCAUUUAUUAUUUACUUUUUCCUUAAUUGUUGAUCUGUUUACUUAUUUUUCUUUCUCAUCUUCUCUUAUAUUUUGUUCAUUUUUAACAUUAGUUUUCACCGAA